AUUAUUUCGGGCAACACUACAAUUUAAGCCGGAUAAAAAUUUUCCAGCAGACAUUUUAUUAGUGAACUUGAGUUGCGUGGGUUUGACUAAAUAAUUAAAAUGGGUGUUGAAAUUGAAACUAUUAAGCCUGGAGAUGGAACCACUUAUCCCAAAACUGGUCAAACUGUAGUUGUUCACUACACUGGUACCUUGACAAAUGGUACACAAUUUGAUUCAUCACGCACAAGAGGUCAACCUUUCAAGUUCAAAAUUGGCAAAGGUGAUGUUAUUAAAGGAUGGGACCAGGGUGUAGCCCAGAUGUCCGUCGGUCAACGUGCCAAAUUAACCUGCUCCCCUGAUUUUGCUUACGGGUCUCGUGGACACCCAGGAAUCAUUCCACCAAAUGCUACAUUGAUUUUUGAUGUAGAAUUACUUCGUGUAGAGUAAAGUGUUCUAACUAAAUGUUUUUAACUUAUUUGCAUUUAUGCUGCAACUUAUACCUCAAUCACUAUCAAAUAUUGAUACUCCAAUAUUAUGAACAAUUCAUCAAUUUUAGUGUUUCUUCUUCUGUAAAGAUAAAUUAAAUAUGAUUUAAAAAAAUG